GACCCCAUAGUGGCUGCAUCCCUGGCUGGCACUGGCCUUGAGGAGGCUGUAAGGCACCCUGGCACACUACCCACCACGGGACUCCAACCAUGUGACUGUCCAACCAGCUGGGCUCUGGGGCCAUGGCGGAGUGACCUUCAGGAUACCCCUCUGCAUCAGCCUCGAGGGGGUGGAGACCCCAGGGCUGGACACACCCCACCGUGGCCCCAGAGCCCAGCUGGUCGGACGGUCGCACGGUCGGACGCAGGACCCCGGAGCCCUAAGGUGGGCAGUGUGCCAGGGUCCCUCACAGCCUCCUCAAGCUCCAUCCAGGCUAUGGGCAUCAAGACAGCACUGCCUGCAGCGGAGGUGGGCCUGUACUCCCUGGUGCUGAGCGGGGCCCUAGCUUAUGCUGGCCGGGGCCUCCUUGAGGCUUCACAAGAUGGGGCCCACAGGAAGGCCUUCCGGGAGUCUGUGCGACCUGGCUGGGAGUACAUUGGCCGGAAGAUGCUCCGCUCCUGGAUGUAUGCUGUGUAUGGGGCCCUGGCCGUGGUGGGCACAAUGGGCCCGUGGUACCUGCUGCUGUUGCUGGGCCACUGUGUGGGCCUCUAUAUGGUCUCACUCUUGGGCCAGCCCUGGCUCUGUCUUGGCCUCGGCCUGGCCAGCCUUGCCUCAUUCAAACUGGACCCUCUAAUCUCCUGGCAGAGCGGGUUUGUAACAGGGACUUUUGAUCUUCAAGAGGUGCUGUUUCACGGGGGCAGCGGUUUCACGGUGCUGCGAUGUACCAGCUUUGCACUGGAAAGCUGUGCCCACCCUGACCGCCGUUACUCCCUAGCUGACCUGCUCAAGUACAACUUCUACCUGCCUUUCUUCUUUUUUGGACCCAUCAUGACCUUUGACCGCUUCCACGCCCAGGUGAGCCAGGUAGAGCCGGUGCGGCGCGAGGGCGAGUUGUGGCGCAUCCGGGCCCAGGCAGGCCUCAGCGUGGUGGCUAUCGUGGCCGUGGACAUCUUCUUCCACUUCUUCUACAUCCUCACCAUCCCCAGUGACCUCAAGUUCGCCAACCGCCUCCCAGACAGCGCCCUCGCUGGCCUAGCUUAUUCAAACCUGGUGUACGACUGGGUGAAGGCGGCCGUCCUCUUCGGCGUCGUCAACACCGUGGCGCGCCUCGACCACUUGGACCCACCCCAGCCUCCCAAGUGCAUCACAGCGCUCUACGUGUUCGCCGAGACGCACUUUGACCGUGGCAUCAACGACUGGCUUUGCAAGUACGUGUAUGACCACAUUGGUGGGAAGCACUCUUCGGUGAUCCCAGAGCUGGGGGCCACUGUGGCCACAUUUGCUAUCACCACUCUGUGGCUUGGGCCUUGUGAUAUUGUCUACCUGUGGUCAUGCCUUAACUGCUUUGGCCUCAACUUUGAGCUCUGGGUACAGAAGCUGGCAGAGUGGGGACCCCUAGCACACAUUGAGGCCUCUCUAUCGGAGCAGAUGUCCCGCAGGGUCCGAGCCAUCUUUGGGGCCAUGAACUUCUGGGCCAUCAUCAUGUACAACCUUGUAAGCCUGAACAGCCUUGAGUUCACAGAGCUGGUCGCACAGCGCCUGCUACUCAGAGGUGAGGGACAGGGGAUACAGUAUGUACCAGGUGUCAGUGUGGAGGACUCUGACCUUCUGAAAUGUCCCUACUGCACCACAGUUCCCCAGGGACUCAUCAGGGAGAACCAGUCAAGUGGGGAGAGAACAGUCACUGGGUUGGGGGGAUGGCGCUGCUCCCAGACACCAUGACUUCCGCCCCAUACAGGGUUCCCCCAGACCACGCUGGCUGUCCUGUUUGUCACCUACUGUGGUGUCCAACUGGUGAAGGAGCGAGAGCGAACCCUGGCGCUGGAGGAGGAGCAGAAGCAGGACAGAGAGAAGCCAGAGUAGAGGGGACAGGAAGAGGAACAGGCUCUGCUUAGGUGUUCCUGGGCCCAGGCCCAGCCCAGGCCAGAUGGGGCUGACCGAUAGAAUAAAAGAUUUUUCUACCAUG